UAGAUUUUGAUCUCGUAAAACUGAAUCUUAGGAGAAUUCCUUUGGUGGUCACAGAAGUACUUGCAAUCGACUACGAUCAAAAUAGAUGAAAUGGAGGAGAGAAAAAGAGACAUAGAAAAAUGGAUGUCUUAUCGGAACCUACCCGACGAUCUCAAGCAACGCAUUAGGAAAUACGGGGAAUACACAUGGAAACAAACUAGAGGCAUCGAAGAAGAAGCUCUUCUUCGUAGCCUUCCUAUAGACCUCAGACUCGAAACCAAACGACAUCUUUACCUGAAUCUAUUAAAGGGUGUUCCUUUGUUUGAGGGCAUAGAUGAUGGUUGGUUACUAGCAGCAGUGUGCAACCGGGUGAAGUAUGUGUUCUACUCGGCAGAUAGCUACAUAGUAAAAGAGGGUGACCCAUUGGAGGAAAUGCUGAUUAUAACAAAAGGAAAACUAAAAAGUACAACUAGGUCUCAUGAAAUAGGUGAAGAACUAAAAGCAGGUGACAUAUGUGGACAACUUCUCUUUAAUAGUUCUUGCCUUCCCACCUCAACCAGAACUAUAAUAACUCUUACCGAAGUUGAAGGCUUCACUCUCUCGCCUGAUGAUGUCAAGUUUGUAGCUUCUCAUUUUAACCACCUUCAAAGCGUGAUACACAAACAAAUGAGCAGGCAAGGCUUAGAAACCGAAGUAGGAUUUAAAGUUUUU